AACAUGGCCAAAUAGCCCAGAAAACCUACAACCACCAUUGGAUCCCGGCUGUGAAAGCCUUCGAGAAUACACACACGUAUGGAUUACAUCAGGACUGUUAACACGGGCAGCUGCUGGCAAGAAUGCUAUUUUCAGAAAGGCAGCAAAAAGCCACACCCGGGAGUUUUUACUGCGGAUUCAUAAGGAUCUGUGCACAACUCCUGUUGUAUGGUAUUGAUUCAGUGUGAGGUGGCUCGUGCAUCCAUAAGGGUCAUGUGCAAAUCCUCCAGAAACAGGCCGUGAGUGUUGCUAGUAAACACAGAAGCACUCUUUGAGGGGAAUGUGUGAACCCCGCAAUGUGUUGCUUUGUUCUUUAUGUUUUGAGCAGCCUCCGGAUUCUCCAGUUCUGGAUGCGGCUGACGGGGCCGGCGUGCAUGGAGGAGGCAACCAGAAAAGCCGAGGAGCAGGCCCUAAGACUGGCGGAAGCCAUUUCUGCCGGUGACAAGGAGACAGCCCGUCAAUGCGCCACCUGGCUGGCCAAGCAGCGCGUCCCCAUCGUGGUGCAGGUGAAAGAGGAGGCCAAACCCAAACAGACCAUCAGGCUGUGGGUAGGCGUGGAAGAUGCUCACAUGAACACCAUCCCCAUUUACUUGCAAGUGCAACCCUGCAUGACAGUGGCUUCCCUAAAAGACAUGAUGUUUCUGCACUAUGGUUUCCCUCCCAGCAUCCAGAGGUGGGUGAUCAGGCAGAGGCUGCCUCGGGACCACGAGACCCUCCACUAUCACGGCAUCCAGAGAGACGGUGACGCGGUUUAUCUCUACCUCCUCUCUGCCAAGGCAGCCAAGCUGAGGAAAGAGACUUUCGAGAAGGACCACCAACGGCGCCAGCUGGAAGAGUUAGGCAUCAAAGAGGAGGUCUUGGUGCCGCGGGGAAUGGCCGAAGCGGAAGCCUUGACUGGGGCGGCACCUUCAGACCUCUCGGAUCACCCGGCAGAGAAGAAGGAUGCUGCUUUGCCUCCCCCCAUCAGCCCCCCAAAGAUGGGUUGGCAGUGCCCGACGUGCACCUACGUCAACACACCCCUGCGGCCGGGCUGCGAGAUGUGUUGCACGGAGCGCCCUGUGGAUUACGCCGUCCCGGAGGGCUAUCGGCCGGAUGCCGAGGAGGCGCAGUGGCUGCAGAAGGAAAAGGAGGCCGCACUGCAGUACGAGCAGGCCCAGGAACAGCAGAGGCAGAAAAACUACCAGCAGUUCCUGCAGCUGGAUGGGCAGAGCCUGGUGCCCUCGGAUGGGGCCAUGGAGUGCCCGAUCUGCUUUGCGGUGCUGGCACCGGGCGAGGGGGUGACUUUGCGGGAAUGCCUGCAUUCCUUCUGCAGGGAAUGCUUGAGAGGGACCAUCCUCAACAGCCAGGAGCCGGAGGUGUCCUGCCCUUACAUCGAUGAGAACUACUCCUGUCCAUCGCACCUGCUGGAGCGCGAGGUCAAAGCGCUCCUGAGCGAAGGUGAGUAUCAGCACUUCCUAGACCUGAGUGUCUCUAUUGCCGAGAACCGCAGCCGAUCCAGCUUUCAUUGCAAAACCACGGACUGCCGGGGCUGGUGCUUCUACGAGGAUGACGUGAACGAAUUCUCUUGCCCGGUGUGUGGGAAGGUGAACUGCCUCCUGUGCCAGGCUAUCCACGAAAACAUGAACUGCAAAGAGUACCAGGAUGACCUCCAGAUCCGAGCGCAAAAUGACCAGGCUGCGCUGCAGACCGCAGAGAUGUUGCUGAAAAUGGUGCAGACUGGGGAGGCCAUGCAUUGCCCCUCGUGCAACAUUAUUGUCCAGAAGAAAGACGGCUGCGACUGGAUCCGAUGCACCGUCUGCCACACCGAGAUCUGCUGGGUGACCAGAGGCCCGCGCUGGGGGCCGGCGGGCUCCGGCGACACCAGUGGGGGCUGCCGGUGCAAGAUGAACGGAGCCCCUUGUCACCCAAACUGCCAGAACUGCCAUUAAGGAAGGACCGGGAGCUUUCACGAGAGCCGAGGGGCUCACUCAAGGGAUGGCUGGCUGGCAGGGAAGGAUACGAACAGGAAGGCCUUGUUCUGAUCAACCGAGCUUGUCUUAAGUCAAAACAAAGCAGCGUUUGCAAAUGGAGGUUCCGGCCACCAAGACCCGAAAAAAACCCUCUGCCGCAGAAAGACAUCACCUCCUGGUUUCAAUUCAUGUCCUGACUGGACGGUCCUGGCCUCUCUCUUGCCAGGAUCAUAGGGUACCUGAUGCAGACAGGGGCCCCUUUAGUUUCACCAGAAAUAAGUCUGGUUUCCCCUUCCAGCAGGUCUCCCCUUCUUCACAAACAGCAUUAAAUAAUGUACGCCUUCCAGACUCCUAUUGGGUAGAAAUCCCAAUGCACUGGUCAGUCUGUGGGUACUGAAGCGAGGUCUCUGAACCCUCUCACGGGAUCAACCAGAUGUGAACGAACACCAGGUUUGGGGCUCUGAGGUUCCUAUAGGAACCUUGCGGUGCGAUAGCUAUGCUGCAGUACUGCCGUGAAGACUCUGCUCGUGGACUGAGUUGGAUCCCAGGGGGUUCAAUGGGAAGAUGGCUCAGAGUUGACUUAACCCCUUUCAUCAGUCUUGAGAUUGGUAAAUAGUGUAUACCCAGGGGGUGGGGAGCGAUAUGUAGCCUGCAUAAUUAAAAAUUGUAAACCACCCAGAGGGUGCUUUAAGAGCCAUGGGGCAACACUUUGCUUUUAUGGAACGUACCAAAGUGGUGUAUAUACUAAGUUUGCCUGGUUUGUCCCAGCGAAGAGGGAUUUAUAAUAAAAUACAUGGUCGCUGAGGCAUC